UUUUACAGGAUUUUGCUCAUUACAAAUCUGGAGUUUACAAACACGUUGCAGGUGAUGUAAUGGGAGGUCAUGCCGUUAAGCUAAUUGGAUGGGGGGCAACUGCUUCCGGAGAGGACUAUUGGCUUCUUGCGAAUCAGUGGAAUAGAAGCUGGGGUGAUGAUGGUUAUUUCAUGAUCAGAAGAGGGACGAACGAGUGUGGUAUUGAAGGACGUGGUUGCUGGUUUGCCUUCAUCCAAAAAUCUUUUAAGAGAAGUUGCAACUGUGGAUGGUGUUGCAGAUGUUUCAGUCUGACAAUAGGUUAAUCUAGAUGAGGAUCCCCUGUUAUUAAGCUGUGUGGACAGGUGGAUUCCACAUCUUAGGAUGUGGUUGCUGGUUUGUUCCGGGCAAGUAGGUCCUGCAUCUUAGCCUGUCCGGGGCAGGUAGGUUUCACAAAGCCCUCUCUUAGGCUGCCAAAUUCUGGCUUAAUAACAGGGGAUCAUAAUCCGGUUAUUCUUCCCACCAGAACUUUUAUUUAUGACCGUUGGGGGAGCUGGAAGUGUUAAAACAUGGAUUAAUUAUGCCAUCAAAGCAUCAAACUGAUACCAAUUAGAUGCUGAUUGGGUGUGAAAGGCUAUAAUUGAUUUGUGCAAGUAAUUUUAUUGAGACUGGGGCAUUGAAUAAUCGAUACACAGAGAUACUGUUCUAUUGAUGCAUUCACGAUAUUAGCAAAAUCCAUGUAUAACUGAGCUGCAAAAACUACCCUGGUAGUAGUUUGUUUGUUUGUUUU